AUGGCAACUGACUCCAUGUUUUUGCUGGCUGGAGUGUCCCUCCUGUCUGCCAUGCAAAUGGGCUACCUGGCCCGGCGGGUGGGAUUGUCCAGAAUAGCCCAUAAAGUCAUGCCUCCUUCUGUCACUGGACCCCCAGAGUUUGAGAGGACUUUCCGUGCACAUCAGAACUGUGUAGAGUGUUACCCUGUGUUUCUGGUGACACUGUGGACAUGCGGUGUGUUCUUCAGUGAGGUGGCUGCAGCUGGUGGAGGACUGAUGUACAUCAUCGCAAGGCAGAUAUAUUUCAACGGAUACGCCAAGUCCACCAAGAAAAGGUUACCUGGUUUCUACCUGACUUUAACUGUCUUUGUCAUCCUGUGUCUGCUGGGUUUGACUGGGAUACUGUGUGGAAUACUACACAAGUACUUUAACAUCCACCUCUGA